AUGUGUCCACAUGAUGUCAUCAUCGGACGCAACCUUCUACACGAAAUGGGCUUGGAUAUCCAAUUUUCAAACGGACAAGUCAAAUGGAUAGACAAGUUCAUUCCAAUGAAGGCUCCAGAUCAUUGGCAAAACCACACCAACUAUUUGUUGGCAUUGGAUCACAAUGUCCUGGAUAUCCACGAUGAUGAUGAUGCUGAUGAUGCCUUUAUCAUGGAUGCAAAAUACAAAGCUACUUCAGGUGCUGAAGUUGCUGACAAGCAAAAGCAUCUAACUGACGAGCAGCGCAAGCUCUUGGCCUAA